UGCAUUGUAUUCUCAUUUUCUCUUCUUCUCUCUCUAAAUAGGUAAAAAGGAAGAAAAUAGAGAGAGACCUUUUUCUACAUUCCUUGAAAAUCAAGUAUCAUAGAUUGAUACAACCACAAAAAAGGUUCAAAUCUUCACCAACCGCACAAUCCUCUGCCUCCCUAUCUCUCUCUCUGUUCUGACUCUCUAAACAGAGUGCUCUCCCUCAUUUUUCCCGUUCUUGUGAUUCAAGAAACACAUACAGUCAGGGAGAGAGGAGCAGAGAAUGGAAGGAUUAGAGAAAGCAAGAACGGCGAGUCGGGGAGCGAGAGAGAGCAUGAGUAGGAGUUUAAGCAGGUCUAAUUGGGGCAUGGAGGAUGUAUUUUCAGGUGGGAGAGGAUCAUUGAGGAAUAGUAUUAUCAAUGAAGAUGAAGAGUCUCUUAAAUGGGCUGCAAUUGAGAAACUACCAACCUAUAAUCGGUUGCGAACAAGUAUUCUCCAAUCGUAUCGCGAAAAUGAAAUUCAAGGACACAAAAUGGUACAUAAAGAAGUGGAUGUAACCAAGCUUGACAUUAGUGAAAGACAAAAGAUCAUUGACAAGCUCUUCAAGGUUGCCGAGGAAGACAAUGAGAAGUAUUUGAAGAAGUUCAGGAACAGAAUUGAUAAAGUUGGUAUCAAACUUCCAUCAGUGGAAGUCAGGUUUGAGCAUUUGACAGUGGAAGCCAAGUGCCAUGUUGGAUCCAGAGCUCUCCCUACUCUUCCAAACACUGCCUUAAAUGUUGCAGAAUCAGCUCUUGGCAUGCUUGGGAUUAGAUUUGCUAAAAGGACAAAACUUACAAUACUCAAAGAUGCCUCUGGACUUAUUAAACCAUCAAGGAUGACACUUCUAUUAGGCCCACCAUCGUCAGGGAAAACAACCCUUUUGUUGGCACUGGCAGGAAGGUUGGACCCAAGCCUAAAGGUUACUGGGGAGGUUACUUAUAAUGGGUAUAAACUCAAUGAAUUUGUACCACAAAAGACUUCCGCCUACAUUAGCCAAAAUGAUGUUCAUGUGGGAGAAAUGACUGUCAAAGAAACCCUCGAUUUCUCUGCUAGGUGUCAAGGGGUUGGAACCAGAUAUGACCUCCUAAGUGAGCUUGCAAGAAGGGAGAAGGAUGCUGGAAUAUUCCCAGAGGCAGAAAUAGAUCUUUUUAUGAAGGCAACAGCAAUGAAAGGAGUUGAAAGUAGCCUCAUCACCGACUACACUCUCAAAAUAUUGGGGCUUGAUAUAUGCAAAGACACCAUUGUAGGAGAUGAGAUGAUCCGAGGAAUAUCCGGCGGACAGAAAAAGCGAGUAACUACAGGAGAGAUGAUUGUUGGACCCACAAAGACUCUAUUCAUGGAUGAAAUAUCAACUGGUCUUGAUAGCUCCACAACAUUUCAAAUUGUGAAAUGCCUGCAGCAGAUUGUACACCUCACUGAGGCUACUGUUUUGAUAUCACUACUUCAGCCUGCUCCUGAGACGUUCGAUCUUUUUGAUGAUGUCAUUCUCUUAUCGGAGGGCCAGAUAGUCUACCAGGGCCCACGAGAACACAUUGUGGAGUUCUUUGAGAGAUGUGGAUUCAAAUGUCCUGAAAGAAAGGGAGUUGCUGAUUUCUUGCAAGAGGUUACCUCAAGAAAGGACCAAGAGCAAUACUGGGCAGAUAAAAGAAAACCAUACAAAUACAUAACAGUCGGUGAAUUUGCGAGCAGGUUCAAGAGUUUCCAUGCAGGAAUGAGGGUUGAGAAUGAGCUCUCGGUGCCUUUUGAUAAGGCCCAAGGCCAUAAAGCUGCUCUUGUGUUCACAAAGUACUCUGUCCCAAGAAUGGAACUACUAAGAGCUUGUUGGGAUAAAGAAUGGCUAUUGAUGAAGAGAAAUUCAUUCUUCUAUGUUUUCAAGACAGUUCAAAUUAUUCUCGGGGCUGCCAUUGCGUCCACAGUGUUCAUAAGGUCCAGGAUGCACACUAGGAAUGAACAAGAUGGUGCAAUGUAUAUUGGUGCACUUUUAUUCUCUAUGCUCGUAAACAUGUUCAAUGGUUUUGCUGAGUUACAACUUAUACUCAAGAGGCUCCCUGUAUUUUACAAGCAACGAGACCUUCUCUUCCAUCCACCAUGGACUUUCUCUCUCCCAACUUUCCUGCUCGGGUUACCCAUAUCCAUGUUUGAGUCUUUUGUUUGGGUGAUCGUAACAUAUUACAGCAUUGGAUUUGCUCCAGAAGCAAGCAGGUUUUUUAAGCAUCUACUAGUGAUAUUCCUGCUCCAACAAAUGGCUGGUGGGAUCUUUAGGCUUAUUGCUGGAAUCUGCAGGUCCGUGAUCAUCGCCAGCACUGGUGGUGCUCUCACUCUUCUUCUAAUCUUCUUGCUCGGAGGUUUCAUCCUUCCUCGAGAAAAAAUUCCAGAGUGGUUGAGGUGGGCUAACUGGGCCUCACCUAUGUCUUAUGGCUAUUAUUCCCUCACAGUGAAUGAAAUGUUUGCUCCAAGGUGGAUGAACGAGUUUGCCUCGGACGGUGUUACCAGAUUAGGUGUGGCAGUUCUCAGGAACUUUGAUGUAUUCCCUGAAAGAAAAUGGUAUUGGAUUGGUGCAGCUGCUCUUCUGGGUUUUGUAGUCCUCUUCAAUCUCCUAUUUACGUUGUCACUCAUGUAUCUAAACCCCAUUGGAAAACCACAAGCUACGAUCUCUGAGGAAGAAGUGGCUGAGAUGGAAGCUGACCAAGAAGAGUCUGAGGAAGAACCCAGAAUAAGAAGAAUCAUGUCUAAUGGAGAUUCACUUCCUCGACCCUUAUCUUCCUCUGACGGAAACAACACAAGAGAAUUGGCAAUGAAGCGAAUGAGCAGUCGAUCCAAUCCUAAUGGACUGAGUAUACAUGCAGAUUCAUCCCUUGAGUUGGCAAAUGGUGUAGCUCCCAAGAGAGGAAUGAUUCUUCCGUUCACUGCUCUUGCGAUGUCCUUUGAUAGUGUGAACUACUAUGUAGACAUGCCCCCUGAAAUGAAAGCCCAAGGUGUUCCUGAAGACAAGCUCCAACUACUUCGAGAAGUAACAGGUGCAUUUAGGCCUGGAGUCCUGACAGCAUUAAUGGGAGUUAGUGGAGCUGGAAAAACUACAUUGAUGGAUGUCUUAGCAGGGAGAAAGACUGGUGGUUAUAUCGAAGGUGACAUUCGAAUUUCUGGAUACCCCAAGAAACAGGAGACGUUUGCAAGAAUUGCGGGAUACUGUGAACAAAAUGAUAUUCACUCACCUCAAGUGACUGUUCAAGAAUCCUUGAUACACUCAGCUUUCCUUCGGCUCCCUAAAGAAGUCAGAAAAGAGGAAAAGCUGACUUUUGUGGAGCAAGUGAUGGAACUGGUAGAACUAGACAAUCUCAAAAAUGCUCUAGUGGGGCUGCCAGGAGUUACAGGGUUGUCAACAGAGCAGAGAAAAAGGUUGACAAUAGCAGUAGAACUUGUUUCAAAUCCCUCCAUCAUUUUCAUGGAUGAACCAACAUCAGGGCUUGAUGCAAGGGCAGCUGCCAUUGUCAUGAGGACUGUGAGGAACACUGUGGACACUGGAAGAACAGUUGUUUGCACGAUUCAUCAGCCAAGCAUUGAUAUUUUUGAAGCCUUUGAUGAGCUGCUGCUGAUGAAGAGAGGAGGUCAGGUGAUUUACCUGGGACCACUGGGACGAAAUUCUCACAAGAUCGUUGAGUAUUUUGAGGCUAUUCCUGGAGUCCCAAAAAUUCCAGAGAAGUAUAAUCCAGCAACAUGGAUGUUGGAAGUGAGCUCAGUAGCAGCUGAAAUCCGGCUUGAACUCGACUUUGCUGAGCACUACAAAUCUACAUCCUUGUACCAGCGAAACAAGGCUUUAGUGGAGGAGUUAAAGACGCCCCCACCUGGAAUGAAAGACCUGUAUUUUGCAACUCAGUAUUCCCAGUCCUCAUGGGGGCAGUUCAAGUCUUGCCUCUGGAAGCAUUGGUGGACUUACUGGAGAAGCCCUGAUUAUAACCUUGUUAGAUUCUUCUUCACCUUGGUUUCAGCCCUCAUGGUUGGGGCAAUAUUUUGGAAGGUUGGCACCAGAAGGGACAGCACAGCUGAUCUUUCUACGAUCAUUGGAGCGAUGUAUGCUGCUGUCUUGUUUAUUGGAAUCAACAAUUGCUCAACGGUACAACCUGUAGUAGCCAUCGAAAGAACUGUGUUCUAUCGAGAAAGAGCUGCUGGAAUGUACUCCGCAUUACCUUACGCCCUAGCACAAGUACUCUGUGAAAUACCAUAUGUGCUGGUUCAAACCACAUAUUAUACUCUUAUUGUGUAUGCCAUGGUGGCCUUUCAAUGGACAGCAGCAAAAUUCUUCUGGUUCUUCUUUAUUUCCUUCUUCUCCUUCCUUUACUUCACAUACUACGGAAUGAUGACUGUCGCCAUCACACCAAACCACCAAGUUGCAGCCAUCUUUGCAGCAGCAUUCUAUUCUCUCUUCAAUCUUUUUUCAGGUUUCUUUAUCCCAAGAACGAGCAUCCCAAAAUGGUGGGUAUGGUACUACUGGAUCUGCCCAGUGGCAUGGACAGUGUAUGGACUAAUUGUAUCGCAAUACGGCGACGUGGAGGACACCAUUAGUGCACCAGGAAUUACACCUGACCCUACUGUGAAAUGGUACAUAGAAAACCAUUAUGGUUUUGAUCCAAACUUCAUGGGACCAGUAGCUGUGGUGUUGGUUGGUUUUGCACUCUUCUUUGCAUUUAUGUUUGCCUACUGCAUAAAGAAGCUAAACUUCCAAACAAGAUAGAAGAAGAAGAAGAGAUGCUCAGCUUUAGCUUAUAAAUGUUAGUACAGAAGCCAUAGCAAUUGUACAAGUCUUGUUCCUUUCUUCUUGUAAAUCAAGAAAUUGUUUUGUUUUUUCACUUUGAUGAUGCACAUAUCUGUAAAAAAAAAUUAAAAAAUUACAGAUCAUGUGCAAGCUUCCAAGAGAGAAAUUUGUUUCCUUCUGCAAAUAAGAACAAUUCCAAUCCAUAA